CGCCCCCCAUGGCCCUGCCGGAGUUCGCCCCCCUGCGCCUCCCCCUGCGGCGCCGCCUGCAGACCCUGGCCGUGCUGCAGUGGGUCUGCUCCUUCCUGCUGCUCGGCCAGCUGUGCACGCUGCUGUUCGUGCUGGCGCUCCGCGGCCCGCUCUGGCUGCCGGCGCUGCUCUAUGGGCUGUGGCUGCUGGCGGACCGCGACACGCCCCGCCGCGGGGGGCGCCCUAGCGCCUGGGUCCGCUCCUGGCCCGUCUGGAACCACUUCCGGGACUACUUCCCCAUCUCGCUGAUCCGCACGGUGCCGCUGGACCCCGGGCGCAAUUACGUGUUCGGGUUCCACCCUCACGGGGUUUUGGCCGCCGGAGCCUUCGGCAAUUUCUGCACCGAGGCCACCGGGUUUGGGCGCCUCUUCCCGGGGCUGCAGCCGCGGCUGCUGACGCUGCCCUGCUGGUUCCGCCUGCCGUUCUUCCGGGACUAUGCCAUGGCCGGCGUUCAGUUAAAUAGGAAAUGUCCUGGGGGCUUUGGGGUGAUGCUGCCCUGCUGGUUCCGCCUGCCGUUCUUCCGGGACUAUGCCAUGGCCAGCG